CAAAGGAAAAAAAAUCAGGAUCUGUUGGAUACGUUUAGAAGCAGCGAUGCCCGCUCUGUUUCUAACCGUGCAGAUAUCAUGGAAGUGGCAGAGAUUGUUAGUGCCAGGGUGAAUCUCACUUAUGCUGAACAGCCCACUCGGGUAUCUGGGUGGCUUGCGAGUUUCCUUGCAAAGCAGCCUACUAAAGCGAAUCCACUCAUUCAGCUCUCAAGGUGAAGAUAAUGGGAGAACAACUGUUAGAAAACAACAUCCUUGAUCAAUUUAUUAAUAGCCAUGAGCAGUCACAUGAAGAGUUUCUAAAUACAUUCACCUAUCUUUUGAAAGAGAAAGAGGGGAAGACAAUUCAAGGAAAUAAAGUGGACUCCUUAAGAAAAAUAUUUUCUACUUCUGAAUUAUCAAAAAGAAACGAACAGAAUGGCUCACCUGAAAGAAGCAAAGAAAUGUGGGUUUCUCUUCCAUCACAGAUGCCAAAUGAGAAUGAGCAGGUGGACAAGUACUUAGAUUGGGAAGAUAUAGACUCUGAUGAAGAGAUGUGCCGUGCAGGGUCAUUAGUUCUCCCAGGAGAGGUGGAACAGACAGUGACUUACUGUACACCCAUGUUUGAUAAGCCUAUUCAACUGAAGUUUAGAACCUUGUCAGUUCCACAGCCGUUGGACAGCAAACCCCAAGAGCUACUGGGGGAUGAUGUUCAACCGUUCUCACUUGAUGAAGAAUUUGACUAUGACAAUGUGGCAGUGACCCCUAAGUUCUCUGAAGCUGAGCUGAAGGCCAUUAAAGAAUUGUCUAAAGAGAAGAAAACAGGUUCAGCAUGAGCUGAAGACUGAGUCAAAGGCAUUCUGUGCAGGCUGUUAAAAUGACAUUUUUAUGGGAGAAAUAUAGCUCUUCAUUGUACCCCUGUUUAAUGUUCUUACCUGUGUGGUCAGUAAAUGACGUCCCUGAGAUUUUUAAUUUUACCAAGGUGCCUUGGAGCCCGUAUUGGCUCAGGAUCGGUGUGCUGGAGUGACAAAAACAGGCUGGUGGAUUUCAGAAUAGCGCGAUGGCUACUCUUGCUUAUAUCUGGUAUUGACUUGGUUUCUGACUAGUGCAAAACUGGUCCUAAAGCUGCCUUUUACCUAGUUCUUUCAUCAGUUAAGGGCUUUUGUGCAGCUGACAAAUCAGUCUAUGAACUCUUUCUCUUAAAUAUACAGAGUUACAGGAGUGAACAAAUCUGGGAUUUUUUUUUCUCUGCAAAGAAAUAGAUAUUCCAGUAUCCAAUAAACUUUUUGUGUUGACCAA